ACACGUUAAAGUAUUCUGUUUUCAUCAAUUGAAGAGGGAGAAUUUGGAUAAUUUAUUCCUCCCUCCUGCGCUCUUAAAACAAUUCGUAUAUCUGUUCGAAUGUUCUUUGAAGUUCUUAUUCUUGAAAUUGCAGCUAUUUGUUGCUACUCAAAAGACCCACAACCAUGAAAGCAAAUAAAGCAUAGUCAAGCACUUCCAUUGGACCAUUUUUAGUACGAGUACUAUUUGCAGUCUUGAAGAGGGAGAAUAGCCAUGACUAUUGCUAAUGAAAUCGAGGCUCCAAUGAAGCUUGAGGGAAAGUAUAAAGCAAUGUUGGUUUGUUUUGUUCUUGGGCUGGGGUCCCUUGUUGCAUGGAACAGUAUGCUGACAAUUGGAGACUACUACUAUCGAUUAUUCCCGAAAUACCAUCCUUCACGAGUCCUUACACUCGUUUAUCAACCAUUCGCGCUUGGAACAAUGGCAAUACUGGCAUACAACGAGUCAAAGAUUAACACUAGGUGGCGCAAUUUAUUUGGAUACACUCUUUUCUUCGCAAGUACUUUGUUGGUCUUAGUUUUGGAUUUAGCCACAUCGGGGAAAGGUGGAAUUGGACCUUUUGUUGGUAUAUGUUUGCUUUCUGCUUGUUUUGGAGUUGCAGAUGCCCAUGUUCAAGGCGGAAUGGUUGGAGACCUAUCUUUCAUGAGUCCUGAAUUCAUUCAGUCCUUCCUUGCUGGUCUCGCCGCGUCCGGGGCUCUGUCCUCUGCUUUGAGGCUAAUCACAAAAGCAGCCUUCGAGAAAUCUCAGAACGGGCUUCGCAAGGGAGCUAUGUUAUUCCUGGCGAUGUCCACGUUCUUUGAGUUUCUGUGUAUUCUUCUUUAUGCAAUGGUCUUCCCUAAGUUGCCGAUAGUGAAGUACUAUCGCUCAAAGGCAGCCUCAGAAGGAUCGAAAACUGUAUCAGCUGACCUUGCUGCUGCUGGAAUCCAGCAAAACACAAACCAAGGAGGAAAAUUUUCACAGGAUGAAGAUGACACGAAACACCAGCAGCGCUUGAGCAAUAAACUACUGUUCUUCCAGAAUAUAGAUUAUGCAAUUGACUUGUUUCUGAUAUACGUGUUGACAUUGUCAAUCUUCCCCGGGUUCUUGUAUGAAAAUACAGGAUUUCACGGAAUGGGCUUGUGGUACGCGCCUGUUCUGAUUGCGAUGUACAAUGUGUGGGAUCUGAUAUCAAGAUACAUUCCACUGGUAGACAGCUUGAAGUUGGAGUCCAGGAAGGGACUUAUGAUUGCAAUUCUUUCUCGUUUCCUACUCAUCCCAGCAUUCUACUUCACGGCUAAAUACGGUGACAAGGGGUGGAUGAUCCUGCUCACAUCUUUGUUGGGUGUCUCCAAUGGCUACCUCACUGUCUGUGUCCUUACGGUGGCACCUAAAGGUUACAAGGGACCUGAGCAAAACGCUUUGGGCAAUUUGCUUGUGCUGUGUCUUUUAGGCGGUAUAUUUGCAGGGGUUGCUCUUGACUGGUUGUGGCUUAUAGGUAAAAAAGAUGCGUUUUAAAUGUCAAGUCUCUAAAUAGGUA